AUGACCAUCGAAGAGCAGCCCGAGCAGUUCAACAACACCCGCAAAGCCGACUUCAAAUCCAUCUACAACCAGCCCGAUCCCCGCGCCUACUUUGCGGCCCUAAAUCCGUUACAAUACCAGAUCCCGCAACUGGCGCGCCCCUUUGUGGACCGCAUCCUCCAGCAGCUCUCAAGCGGCUCGUCCUCGUCCCGGAAUGUUGCCCGAGAUGAUCCAGCGGUGUCCGCCACAGGGAAUAAAGUCAAAGUUCUAGAUGUAUGCUGCUCCUACGGCAUCAACGCCGCCCUCCUCCGCUACAACGUCGAUCUGGACGGCUUGGCGGAACACUACGCGUCCACGCCGAAGCUCUCUUCUCGUGAGCAAAUCGAGGCUGACGAGCGAUUCUUUGCGGGACGUAGACGGGGCCUGGGUGAGCAGCAGCAGCAGCAGCAGCAGCAGCAGCAGCAGCAGUUUCCGGAGAACGGGGAUGUAGAGGUGGAGGUGAUCGGCUUGGAUGUGGCGGCCGAGGCGAUAGCGUAUUCCCUCCAGACGGGCCUCCACGCGGCUGGAUUUGCGGAGAACCUUGAGAGCGGGGACCCGUCGCCGGAACUUUGUAGGGUGCUUCGUGAUGUCAGGCUUGUGGUAUGUACCGGCGGGGUGGGAUACGUUGGCACCUCGACGUUUGCACGGAUUGCUGCCGCCGUCGCCGCCGCCGCCUCCUCGGCAGCAGCAGCAGCUGAAGCGGCAUCCCCCACGGAGUCUCCUUUGGUCCCCUUGCAGUUAUGGAUGGUGACGUUUGUUCUGCGCGUCUUCUCCUUUGACGAGGUUGCGGAGAGGCUGCGGAGGGAGUUUGGGCUCGUGACGGAGAAGGUGGAGGGCAGGGUGUUUCGGCAGAGGAGGUUUAGUUCCAGGGCGGAGCAGAGGGCUGCGGUGGAGGAUGUGAGGAGAAGGGGGCUUGAUGAGACGGGGUUGGAGGGGGAUGGGUGGUUUUGGGCCGAGUGUUGGGUCACGAGGCCGGCGGGGACGGAGGUUUCGUUGGAGGAGUUGGUGGAGGGUCUUUGA